ACCUUAUCCACACACACUGCUCACCACUUCUACUAAUCUAGCCGCCCCUCUGUCUUGGACAUGUUGAAUGAUCCCAGGCCCCGCACCGCCGCCGCCGCCGCCGCAGCCGCCGACCAUGAAGACGCUACCGCCGGGGACGCCGCAGAGUUCCGUGACAUCCACGUGUUAGCCCCGCCGACCUCGCACCUCGGCCGCGGCCGCGGCCGCCUCGGGGACCUUUGGGAAGGCGGCAGCGUCCGCUCAGCGGCCUCCCUCUCCGUCGGGAGUGCGGAAGGCGUCAACGAGGGCGGCUUCACUAGUAUGAGCAGGGAGUUCAACGCCAUGGUCGUCGCAGGCUCCAACUUUCAGCAGCAGCAGAACGACGGCGGCGGCAGCGUGGCUGACGAUCAGCUUACGCGCAUCGGCGAGGAUGAGCUGGAGGAGAUCAAUCCGCUGGCGAUCGUCCCUGACAAUAACCCCUUUCCCUCCCCCCGCCGCCCAUCAUCCGCGGCCGGCGGCGGCGGCGAGUCCUCCUCCUCCUCCUCCGUCGGGGUCCCUGUCCACGUCGUCAAGAAGGAGGAGGUGGAGACAAAGAUCGCCGCAUGGCAGGUCGCCGAAGUCGCGAAGAUCAACAACAGGUUCAAGCGCGAGGAAGUGGUCAUCAACGGGUGGGAGAACAACCAGACGGAGAAAGCCACGACUUGGCUGAAGAAAGUUGAGCGGAAGUUGGACGAGCAGCGAGCCAAGGCGACGGAGAAGAUGCAGAACGACGUGGCGAGGGCGCAACAGAAGGCGGCGGAAAGGCGGGCGUCGGCGGAGUCGAAGAGGGGAACCAAGAUCACCAAGGUGCUCGAGCUUGCCAAUUUCAUGAGAGCCGUGGGCAGAGCUCCGUCCAAGCGAUCCUUCUUCUAGCAGCUUGGAUUACUGAAAUCGUAGAACUCGAAUCGAGCGAUCUGCAUAUAUGGAAAGAUGAACAGGCUGAAAAUUGUAAGUCGAGAGGUCGAAUUGUCCUGUAAUAUAUUACCAUAUUCCUGUAUUGUUGGGAAGAUGAGAUCAAUAAUGUUUGGUUACUGGUUCUGUUCGUAAGCA